AUGACUUCCACUCUGCUUGAGUCGGAAGCCGAGUUCUUGGCCAGAGCCAGAGAAAUCGGUAUGGAUGAUGCUUUCGUUAAGUCGCUUCAAGCCGCAGGGAUCAAAACCUUUGGAAAGCUGGCGUACAUCUGUGCUGUCAGCCCACAGAGUGGUGAUGACACUCCUCUUAUCCAGGCGGUACAGAAGAUCCUGUCUCGCGACCUCACCCCGGGCGAGCUUCCUGACCUUCGACGAUUGUGGUUCGAGGCCAACACGUUUGCCUUGUCUGAUCUCAAGUCACGGGUGGAACGAUCUUCUCUUGAUCCUCCUCGGGAGCUUCCUUUGGCCGAGCGCUUGACUCGCCUACAGAAUCAAAAGGCUCGGCUAUCAGGGAUUGUGUUCACCGAACGGGUGGAACCGGCACAUAGCCUCAUCGACAAAAUCCAAUCCAUGGUCGAUUCCGGGACGCUCACAUACCUACCGCCGCACAAGUGCCCAUCCAGAGCGUUGGAAAUUUCCAGUGACAAACCUUCUCAACAAGUUACGCUUGAUGCUCAAGGCGGCUUGAAAAUAUCGAAGAAACACGCCGACCUGGAAUGCGACGUUCGAGGAGAACUUCGACUUCGGGAGGCCUUCACCCGACGGGCGCUGGCCUUCGACCAAAUCGGUCUCAUGUCGUUUGCUGCCCACGAGGCGUGGCACACCUACUUGUUCGACUCAGUGACUCGUGACCCUCCACCUGGUCACAAGUUCACCAGCGUUGCUCAGGCUCUGAACGCUGACCGUGAGCUGUGGCAGAUCCUUGCUCAAGAAAGUCGUGGCUCCAUCAAGGUCAUCGGGGGCGUCAAGCCCCCCUUGGAUGUCUUCAUCGAGCGCCUGCAAACCCAUACUCGUGUCAAUGUUUGCUUGGCCAACCUCCCGCAGGCCACCGGUGGAGGCAAAGGCGACAAGGGCGAUCGCGGUGGCAAGGCCGAUGGCAAAGGUGACCGCGAAGGCAAGGGCCGUGGUGGUCGCGGCAAAGGUCGUGGCGACAAAGGCGGUCAGAAGCGCAAGUGGGAUGAUGCUCAAGUGGACCCCGAGAUCCUGCAGCUGCUCAAGGAGAUGCCGAAGGACUGUGUCUCGCGCAUGCCCAAGACUCGCCAGUUCUUAUGCGUGUUGUUUCAGCACGGCAAAUGCCCUGAUCAGUCCAAAGCCCGAUGCGACCGCCUGCCUACCACUGACGCCGCUCCCUUUGCAAUUUUCGUCGAGCUGUGUUGUGGCUCGGCCUCUCUUUCACAUGCUGCCGCCUCUCAGGGAUGGCAGGUUUUUCCUAUUGAUCAUCAUGGAAACCGUUUUGAGCCCAAAGUGUCGUGCCUGCCCAUCGAUUUGGGCACACUUUCUUCGCACCGCUUGAUCGACGAUAUGAUUCAUCAGCUCAGGCCCCUCUGGCUACACUUCGGAUUGCCGUGUGGCACUGGAAGUCGCGCUCGUCAGCUGCCCAUCAGUUCUGCGUUGCGGGCGCAGGGCGUGCCACAGCCCCGACCGCUCCGAUCUGCCAAGUUCCCUCUGGGCUUACCUGAUCUUAAGCCCCAUGAACGCCUCCGGGUCGAGGCUGCCAACGCUGUGUAUAGCACUUGUGUGCGGGCCCUGUUUGCUGCUUGGAAGGUCAACGCCUUGGUGACCAUCGAAAACCCUGCGCGGGCCUGGACAUGGGCCGCUCUCGCUGCUUUGAUCUGCCAGUUUGCACGGGACAAUUCUUGUCCCGCCUUCGCUGAUUGGUACUUCGAGCUUCAGGACGUGUCGCUCUCCCUUUGCAUGUUUGGCGGAAAUCGCCGCAAGGACACGCGCCUUCGCUGCACGCCGAAGGUCUUCGAGGUUCUUUCGGUCCCCUGCGACGGGAAGCAUUCUCAUGUUCCGUAUGGGCAAAAGAUGCGUAUGGGUACUUGGGUCUUCGGUACAUCGUCUCAAACGCAAUACCCUCAUGUCUUUUGCCGAAAGCUCGUACGGGCGGCAUCUGCUGCUGUGAGUCCGGCUCUGUUCCGUGAGACCACUCGGCAAUUCAGGUUGGACACGCUUGCUGCUGCCGGCGCCCAGACCCUAAAGCAUGCCUCCCUGAUCCCUGAGUUCCGUCAGAUUGUUUGGGCCGACCGGGCGCCCAAUCCCGAUGCCAAACCUUUGCCCGACAUGAUGCCUCCCAAGGAUGGCGCCUCGGCUGGAUGCUCUGCUAGACCUUCAUGGCCUGUGCUCCCUGGCCAGGCCCCUGUGGACUCUCCCGCUCCUCUCGAUGCCCCUGCGGUCGAGAAGCUUGCUUGGUCGUUGCUCCAGCAGGAGACUUGCACGCAGGAUGAUGUUUUGCAACUUGUCAACCUCUUGGAGCCCUCUCUGCGCUCCCGCCGUGGGGCGACCGCUGAAGGCUUGGCAUGGACUUGUGGUGCCUACGUUUUCUCUUCCCAGGUGGGCCUUCACAGUGUGUCUCGGUCUAUGCCGCACGUGUGCCGCCUUCUCGCGGCUACUGUUCAGCACUUCGCCCCGGGUGCCGUGUACACUUCUUUGGCCGUCUUCGACAACUUCUACGGCCCUGAACAUGUUGAUGCUCACAACGACCACCAGUUCUACAAUGUCAUCAUUCCGCUCUCCCGCUUUUCCAACGGCGGUGUGCGUGUGAAGGGUCAAACCUUGCCUGUUCAUGCAGAGCCAUGCUUGCUUCAGACCAGCUUGCCGCACAAGGCUAUGCCGGCCCAGGGUCGCCGCACAGUCUUGGUGGCAUUCACGGUUCGUGACUGGCGCAAUCUUCCGCCCCGUGAUUUGGCGGUUCUUCGUGAUCUGCACUUUGCCUGGCCCGGCCUCUCUGACUGCCCCUCCAAUUUGGCGGGGGAAGGCGAGGUUGGAGGACCAGUCUUCACCCCGAGUCCCAGUAAGGCUUGGGGCGUGUAUCACACGAUGCAGGAACACUUUGAUCUGGCAACCAAACUGGAGCAUCCCGCUGAGUCGUCAAGCACCGUCCCCGAUUGCAUAAGAAGGGCGAUAUUCGACCUGGCUACCAAGGGCCCAGAGGAGAUUGCGAAGAUGAGGCAUGAGACCCUUUCGAACAUUGAGGCGAGGGCAAAUGAGCUUGGGACCAGCGAAGACCACCCCAUCACGGGUGGCAAGUGUCUUCAGCUCUUCCGAGAGUUGAUCGAGGAAACUGGUUUUCCGGAUAAGGAGGUCUGCCGCUUCAUGGAAGAGGGAGUGUCUCUUGUAGGGGCCGAGGCUCCUUCUCCUUUGUUUCCGACCAGGCCCAAGCCCAUGAGGGCCACUCCCGAGCAGCUUGAUUCACAGGCCAUUUGGAGGCGCCGUGAGCUCCUCUCAAAGCCGCCUCAAAAGUUGUCGCAGGAGGAGCUGACCAUCUUGAAUGAUGAGACAGACGAAGAAUGCCGAUUGGGUUUUCUCGAGGGGCCGUUUGAUUGCGAGGAGAAAGUGACAGAGAGGUUGGGAACCAGCCAGUGGACUCCAAGCCAAAGAUUUUUGCUCUUGCAGGGAGAAGCGAGAAAAGCCGCGUGUUACUGA